AUGGAGUUAAUGUCAAGCAGUGAAGAUGAAGCCGCUGAGAGUCAUUCAAGCGCGUCUUUAGCACAAGAAACAUGUCUACAGCCUUGUACUAGUCAAGACAGUUUUGAAGAUGAGCUAUUAAGUCCAAUAACGCAGAAGAGAAGAUUUCAUCCCAGGCGUAGCGGCAUCCUUGUCGCAGGAACAGACCACAAGCCUGUCAUUUCAGCACGUAAGCUGCUAUUGAACUGUCUGCCGUCUAAAGCACAGCAGAAAGAGAUUGCAUCGUCUGUAAAUGACACAAAGGAAGCAGAAACAGCAGUGACAAACGAUGCAAUCACUGCUUACUCAUCAGUAGUCACGCCAAAAAGACCCAUAGCUUCUUCUUCUUCUUCUACUGAGAAAGACAAGAAGUUGUCUACAGGUGAACGGAUUGCUCGAAAGUAUGGUUUACUAGCUGCAGCAAACAUGCCGCCGAACGAGUCAACACGUUCACGUGUCGCUUCUGACUCGAACGACUCGCGUCCUGCUACUGCUAGAUACUCAACAACCGUUGACAGCCAUGCAGUAGACAAACUAGUGUCUCCAGUUGUUGCAACUCCAGUGGCCAAGACAAAGAAAAGGUCGUUUUGGGAUGCGCAGACAGUUGGUGUUGAUGCUAAGGAGCCGACAUCAAAGACAACGUACGUGUCCCCGUUUAGCAACCCCGAGAAGUUUAUGAAGCGGAGGCAACAACGACGACAGCAAGUAGCCGAAGACAUGAUAAAUGCUCGUGCCGCUAUUUAUGAUGAAGUAAAGAAUGCUGGACAGGACAUUGGACCACGACCACGACAUCUACUUGCCUCAUCUAUUCCAGUGAUUGACAACGAUGCAGACGAAUGGAUGUCGGACUCAAAGGAGAUGGCGUCAAGUGAUGAGAAUGUUUCUACCGAGGUGGUUGCAGCAGAUAACACGACACGCUUAACUCCUUUUCGACCAACCAAUAUUGGUAGUCGACAGAGUGUGCAGGACAAUAUGACGCCAUUGAAGAAACAAUCACGUAAACAAGUACAGCCAGAACUAUGUGAUUCUAGCGAGGAGGAAGCAAAAGCCUUUAUUUGUGAAAGAUGGCCGCAACUUGAUCCGCCUAAGAUCAACGUGGGGUCUAUGAUUCUGGCAUUGUCAAAGGAGGAAGGAGUCAAGACUCUUCAAGUGUGUGCAAGCAUGAAUAGCUACCUGUUUGACUACCAACGUGAAGGUGUAGAAUUUCUUUACAGCGCCUAUCGACGCGACACUGGCGCCAUUUUGGGUGAUGAUAUGGGACUUGGAAAGACGAUUCAGGUCAUUGCGUUCCUGUCGGCGCUUUUAGGUAAACGUGGCGAUCACCGCGACAAAGACGCAUGGAGGACAUUGCUUCAUCAGCGCCGUGAACGGUAUAGCAAUAAUGGUUGCACUGGUCAUCCUGAAGACUCGAACUAUAACUUUGCUAGUGAGGUUGCACCAAUAUUUAUUGUGAUGCCUGCAUCUCUGCUCCAGAAUUGGGAACAAGAGUUGCAUACAUGGAUGAGCUGCAGCACUAUUAUUCUUCGAGGAAAACCAAGUGACCGUGACGCAAUGAUCGACGAAAUUGCAAGAGGUGAGUAUGAAAUUGUUAUUUGCAGCUACGAUAUCCUGAAAAUGUAUCUGCAUCGACUUCACAGAAUUCCGUGGAAGGUUGUGAUUUUGGAUGAGAUGCACUGCUUGAAGAACCCUGAAGCUCAACUUACCAAAGCUGUGAAAGCGAUAAAGUGCCGCAAGAAACUUGGACUAACAGGAACAUUGAUGCAAAAUAAUGAGAAAGAACUUCAUUGUUUGGUUGACACGAUUGCUCCGGGGGCAAUCGGUUCUUGGACGGAGUUUAGUUUGUAUUACGGAAAUGAUAUCAAGUAUGGAAGAAAGAAAUCUGCUGCUCCUGAAGCUGUUGAAAGAGGCCGACAGAAAGAAAAGCAGUUGCGAAAAAAGCUGCAACCUUAUUACCUCAGACGAGAGAAAGAAGUUAAUCCGAUGUUCCAAGAAGUCACGAAGAGUGAUCAAGUGGUAUUCUGUGACCUUACACCGCUUCAAAUGGCCGCAUAUCAGCGAGUAUUAGCGAUGCCCGAGUUUCAGCUCCUUCAACGUGGAGACGAAAUUUGUGACUGUGGUCGCGAUAGUAAAGAGAAGCGAAAGAAAUGCUGCUACAAAACACCCAGGGACAUUGGUGAUGCUCCUGGAUUGCUGUAUGAACGCUUUCACGAUGAUAAGGCGUGCCAAAAUUGUCCAAAUUGUAUGGGUCUUCCGUGUGUAGCAAUGCUAUUGAAGCUGUCGAACCAUUUAGAGUUGCUCAAGGUUAAUCCACAUGAUGGAUUGGAGCUACAACAUUACCAAGCCGAGUUUGCAAAGGCAGCAUUUGGUAGCGACAUUGAUGUUGUUGGAGGUGUAAAUCAAGUGUCAAAUUUUCACGAAAUGUGUGCUAUCUCAACGAAGACUUGUGGCAAGAUGAUAGUAUUAGAGAAACUACUUGCGAUAUGGAAGAAACGCCGAGAACGAACGCUUAUCUUUAGUCGAAGUACUCGGAUGCUAGACAUUAUUCAGCUCUUUUUGAUUACAAAAGCGACACGAUACAGUAGAUUGGAUGGAAAGACAAAGGUGGAGGAACGUUUGCAAAUGGUAAACGAGUUUAACAAUCCUGAUAGCAACACGACUGUAUUCCUAAUCAGUACGCGAGCUGGAGGUGUGGGUCUGAACUUGCAGAGUGCAACAAAUGUCGUCAUUUUUGAUCCUAGUUGGAACCCAGCACACGACUGUCAGGCUCAAGAUCGAGCGUAUCGUAUCGGCCAAACCAAAGAUGUGCAGGUGUACAGACUCAUUACGCUUGGAACAAUUGAAGAGAUGAUUUACGUUCGACAGAUUUAUAAGCAGCAACUUAGUGACACAACUUUGAAAGGCGCCAAUGCACCACGCUACUUUGAAGGUGUACAAGGAAACCCACAGCAGCGAGGAGAGCUUUUUGGUAUAGCAAACUUAAUCUGUUGGAAACCUGAUGGUGUGCUCAAGGGAAUUCAGGAUGUAUAUCAACGAAGUCGUGACGGUUUGAUUGUGCAACAGAACCGAGUUCGAUAUGACGCUGUGCCGAUAAAUAAACAUGCAAAAAAGUCUGCUACGAAGAAUCGAUUAGAAAACGUGGACGGUGAUGAAGAUGAAAUGAUUGAGGUGGCCAACGAACUGGUGUCGGGGAUGCUGAUACGAGAAGACUUACCUACACUACAUCCUACCGAAGAAAAACCUGGUGUUGUCAGUCGUGCUAGUGAUAUGAACGCGUUGUUUGAUGGAGCUACGACCUUUCGCCACAGAGAAAUUGUUGGCGAGCAGGACGGUAAUCAGAAAACUUGUCAACUGACAAAUAAAGUGGCAGUUGUUGAGGAUUCGGAAUCCGAGCUGGAUACACCAAACGCAGAAAGCGGUCUUCUUGAGCCAAAUGCCAUUAUCCAGCAACAAUCGCCAACGUGUCCAGCACCUGGGAGCAUUCAGUCAUGCACGAAUGAUGAAAAUGGAUCCAAAAGUGACUCUACAUCCGACAAAGAACUGCAGAAGAAGCUGUACCUACCAAUGUACUUGUAG